AUGUUUUCCUGGGGAUUGAACUGCCUGUCUGUGCUGGGCGCGGCGGGCACCGCUCUUUUAUGUGCGGGCCUGCUGCUCAGCCUGGCCCAGCACCUCUGGACCCUCCGCUGGACCCUGAGCCGGGACCGGGCUUCCGCCCUGCCUUUGCCCCAGGGCUCGAUGGGCUGGCCCUUUUUUGGUGAAACGCUGCACUGGUUAGUUCAGGGAUCAAGCUUCCACAGUUCCCGCCGGGAGCGCUACGGGACAGUAUUCAAGACGCACCUGCUGGGCCGGCCGGUGAUCCGCGUGAGCGGCGCGGAGAACGUGCGCACCAUCCUGCUGGGCGAGCACCGCCUCGUGCGCAGCCAGUGGCCGCAGAGUGCGCACAUCCUGCUGGGCUCACACACGCUGCUCGGAGCCGUGGGCGAGCCGCACCGGCAGCGGCGCAAGGUGCUGGCGCGGGUGUUUAGCCGCGCAGCGCUGGAGCGUUAUGUGCCGCGCCUGCAGGGGGCGCUACGGCACGAGGUGCGCUCCUGGUGCUCUGCCCGCGGGCCGGUCGCAGUCUACCAGGCCGCUAAAGCACUCGCCUUUCGCAUGGCUGCGCGCAUCUUACUGGGGCUGCGGUUGGAUGAGGCACAGUGCGCGGAACUGACCCGGACUUUCGAGCAGCUCGUGGAGAAUCUCUUCUCCCUGCCCUUGGACGUGCCCUUCAGCGGCCUGCGCAAGGGCAUCCGGGCACGGGACCAACUUCAUCAGCACCUGGAGGAGGCCAUUGCAGAGAAACUUCAUGAAGACAAGGCUGCAGAGCCAGGCGAUGCCCUAGACAUGAUCAUCCACAGCACUCGGGAGCUGGGCCACGAGCUCUCAGUGCAGGAGCUGAAGGAGUCGGCCGUGGAGCUUCUCUUCGCUGCCUUCUUCACUACUGCCAGUGCCAGCACGUCCCUCGUCCUGCUGCUGCUGCAGCACCCGGCGGCCAUCGCCAAGAUCCAGCAGGAGCUGGCUGCGCUGGGGCUGGGGCACGCGUGCGAUUGCGCGCCCAGGGUUUCGGGAGGCUGCGCUGGGCCCGGGCCGGACUGCGGCUGCGAGCCCGACCUCAGCCUUGCAGCGCUGGGCCAACUGCGCUACGUCGACUGCGUGGUCAAGGAGGUGCUGCGCCUCCUGCCGCCAGUGUCCGGGGGCUACCGCACCGCACUGCGCACCUUCGAGCUCGACGGCUACCAGAUCCCCAAGGGCUGGAGUGUGAUGUACAGCAUCCGCGACACGCACGAGACCGCAGCGGUGUACCGCAGCCCGCCCGAGGGCUUCGACCCGGAGCGCUUCCGCGCGGCGGCCGAGGAUGCGCGGGGCGCCGCCUGUCGCUUCCAUUACAUCCCGUUCGGCGGCGGUGCGCGCAGCUGUCUCGGCCAGGAGUUAGCGCAGGCGGUGCUCCAGCUGCUCGCGGUGGAGCUGGUGCGCACAGCGCGCUGGGAACUGGCCACCCCUGCCUUCCCCGCCAUGCAGACGGUGCCCAUCGUGCACCCGGUGGACGGACUUCGGCUUUUUUUCCAUCCGCUCGCGCCUUCGGCAGCGCAGGACGGGGCGCGCCUGUGA